AUCCUCCUCCUUCUCUCCCACGACACACCAGACCACACCAGCGACACCACGCGGCCUCACCUCACGCGCAGAGCUAGCGACCGCCCAGCAACCGACCAGCUCGCCGGAACAGCGGCAGUCGAUCGCGAAGCCGCGCACGCCGAUGUCGACCAGCUCCAAUGAGUCCCCGGCAGUGUCCGGCCUCGACUACGACGACACCGCCCUCACCCUCGCCCUCCCGGGCUCCUCCCCCGACGACCGCAAGCCCGCCGUGGGAUGGCCGCCAGUGCGGGCAUACCGGCGCAACGCGUUGCGUGAGGAGAGCGUGUGCAAGCUCGUGAAGGUGGCCGUGGACGGCGCCCCCUACCUGCGCAAGGUGGACCUCGCCGCGCACGGCGGGUACGAGGCGCUGCUCCACGCGCUCCAUGGCAUGUUCGUGCCCUGCCUCGCCGUCGUCCGCGGCGACGGGGAGCUGGGUUGUAGGCUCCUGGAUGCGUCCACCGGCGCCGAGUACGUGCCCACCUACGAGGACAGGGACGGCGACUGGAUGCUCGUCGGAGACGUCCCAUGGAAAAUGUUCGUUGAGUCCUGCAAGCGGAUCCGACUCAUGAAGACCUCCGAGUCCGUCAGCUCAGCUCCAAGCCCAUCUUCUCAAUGAUGACUCGUCCGAAUUCGAUUCAAAUUAAACGUGUGCACUGGAAGAGGCUUGGCUGAUCAGGUCCUCCAUGUACCCUAUACCGUAGGAUAUAUACACAUAUACCAGUGACAUGCUGUACAGGCCAAAUGGAACUUCCUCCUCUCGAUCUAUCUCUGGUGCUCAGCUCUGCCGUCGACCACGACGGCGGCGAGGAUUGAGAGAGGGAGUGAGGCACCAGUCCUUUGUCACGUGGAGUAGUUUUUUUCUUAGUUUCUUCCAUCUCAAUCGGUUUCUCAGGUUCUCCGUUGCCACGGCCUUGUGUGCAAGGGACGUAUACACGAUAUACAUCAUGUAUUCAUGUUGUUGCUGUCGUUGUUGGAUUGUUGUGUCUUGCUGCCUUGUAAGGUCACAAGAAAUAUACGAGUACAGUACCUGCCAUAUAUUUCUUUUUCGGAAAGUCCAUGCUUGCCAUAUA